ACCGUUUCUACCCGGAACCUUGUUGCCUCUGCUUGCGUUAUCGGGCGGGAACGGUGACGCGGCAAUAUUGGGGGUGCACGAGCGGGAGGCGGUGCCACUGGAGCCGGGGCAGGAAGCGGGUCGGGAGCGGCUGCGAGGACAUGGCGGAGACCAUUAUAAUCCGUGUCCAGUCACCAGAGGGAGUGAAGCGUAUCACAGCCACAAAACGGGAAACUGCAGCAACGUUUCUGAAAAAGGUUGCAAAAGAAUUUGGCUUCAGAAACAAUGGAUUUUCUGUGUAUAUCAAUAGGAACAGGACUGGUGAGAUCACUAAUGUCAAUAAGUCCCUCAACUUACUAAAAAUCAAACAUGGAGAUAUGCUAUUCCUCUUUCCUUCAAGCCCAGCUGGCUCUUCCUCUGAGAACAUGGAUGUCUCUGUAUCUCAAGGAAUGCGCCAUAUAGGCGUUCCCCAGGUGGUAGAAGAUGAGAUUGACCAAUACCUAAUAAAACAAGAUGGGAAGAUAUACAGAAACAGAGACCAGCAACUAUGUCGACAUGGCCCUUUGGGUAAAUGCGUGCACUGUGUACCAUUAGAGCCUUUUGAUGAAGAUUAUUUAAACCAUCUGGAACCUCCUGUGAAGCAUAUGUCAUUCCAUGCCUACAUCAGGAAACUGACCGGAGGCGCAGAUAAGGGGAAGUUUGUUGCCCUUGAAAACAUUAGCUGCAAGAUUAAAUCUGGGUGUGAGGGACACCCUCCAUGGCCAGAAGGCAUUUGCACCAAGUGCCAACCAAGCGCCAUCACACUCAACAGGCAGAAAUACAGGCAUGUGGAUAACAUAAUGUUUGAGAACCAUACGAUUGCAGAUCGCUUUUUAGACUUCUGGAGAAAAACAGGAAAUCAGCAUUUUGGAUAUUUAUAUGGGAGGUAUACAGAGCACAAGGACAUCCCUCUGGGUAUCCGAGCUGAGGUAGCUGCCAUCUAUGAACCUCCGCAGAUUGGUACACAAAACAGUCUGGAGCUCUUGGAAGAUUCAAAGGCAGAGAUUGUGGAUGAGAUUGCUGCCAAGCUUGGCCUGAGAAAGGUUGGCUGGAUCUUCACGGAUUUGGUCUCAGAGGAUACGCGGAAGGGGACUGUCCGAUACAGCCGGAACAAGGACGCCUUUUUCCUAAGUGCAGAAGAAUGCAUUACAGCUGGGCACUUUCAGAAUCAGCACCCAAACAUAUGCCGCCUCUCUCCAGAUGGUCACUUUGGAUCCAAGUUUGUCACUGUUGUGGCUACAGGCGGUCCUGACAACCAAGUCCAUUUUGAGGGCUAUCAAGUAUCCAAUCAAUGCAUGGCCCUAGUACGCGAUGAGUGUUUGUUGCCAUGCCGCGAUGCUCCAGAACUUGGAUAUGCAAAGGAAUCCAGCAGUGAACAAUAUGUGCCUGAUGUGUUCUAUAAGGAUAUAGACAAAUUUGGCAAUGAGAUCACUCAGCUAGCUCGUCCACUCCCGGUUGAGUACCUCAUCAUAGAUAUUACUACUACAUUUCCCAAGGAUCCAGUUUACACAUUUUCUAUUUCUCAAAAUCCAUUCCCUAUUGAGAACCGUGAUGUGCUGGGAGAAACUCAGGACUUUCAUAGUCUGGCUACAUACUUGUCCCAGAACACCUCCUCUGUUUUCCUUGACAUCAUCUCAGACUUCCAUCUGCUCCUCUUCUUGGUCACCAAUGAAGUCAUGCCUUUAAGGGAUAGCAUCAGCUUGUUGCUAGAAGCAGUAAGGACCCGGAAUGAGGAGCUGGCACAGACUUGGAAGAAAUCUGAGCAAUGGGCCACCAUUGAACAGCUUUGCAGUACAGUUGGUGUGCAGCUGCCAGGACUCCAAGAAUACGGUGCCAUGGGUGGCUCGACGCAUGCUGCCACCUCUUCCAUGUGGGCCUGUCAGCACUGCACCUUCAUGAACCAGCCAGGCACCGAUCACUGCGAGAUGUGUAGCCUUCCACGUAGCUAGGCCCCAUCUGGCUUGGCAGUCAGGGCGGCCAUUACAGACCAACUGGCAGAAAUACAGAGGCAAACCCUAAGCCAGGCGGGACUGUUCUUCCUCCUGGGAUGAUGCACCAUGAGGGGCAGGGUGGAGCAGGCAAUGGGAGAGAGUGACCCACAUCAUGGGCACUCGGUGCCAUUCGGAUGGUGGCAGUUUGCUGUGGGAGCUGGAGAUCCUAGUGGGUGAAGAUGACUCGGCCCCUCUGCCCAGUGCUGCUGCCUCAUCUUUUCUUUGCUCUCAGUAUUGUACAAAACCAGAGGUCAUAUUUCCCUUUGAGCUGCAGUCACACGGGUGGCUCAUCAGCUCUGCAGGUGCAUGGGUGUGGGGGCCAUGCUCCCUGCUCGCUUGCAUGCCACAUGCUUUCCCCAGCCUUAAGCCAGUGAGUGAGGUUAGGCAGCAGUGUCGAAGGGAGGCUUGGUCCUCAAGGGCGGGCUUACCUAACAUCGCUCUCUCGGCAUGCUUUGCAUUUAGCCUCCCGGUGGCUGGGUCCUGAGUCACUUCGGUCCACCCUCUAAUUAUCGCUUCCAAACCAAGCGCCCUGCAGUGACAGAACAUACAGUGGCCGAGAGCCCCAGGCUAAGUCCCAGGCUAAGCCCCAGAGCACUUGGGCACUGGAGAGGGGAGAGAGCGCCCUCCUCAACUUUGCAGGGGUCUCUCUGCUUGCCUGUUGACCCACUUCUUGUCCAGCUUAGCCAUAAUGACAGUAGAUUGAAGUGAUCUGUUGACUGCUGUUUCCUGGUGCUUCUUGUCUAGGGCUGGGCAACAGAGAGGAUCAUUCCUUGCUAAAUCAGGCUUUGGGGACCAGCAGACUUCCUGGUCUGGAAGCAACAAACAGGAUCUUGGCAAAACCAUCUUGGCUGAGUCGGGAUUGGACAGGCAAUAGUUCACAUGAAAUUAACUUGCCCCAGAUCUCCAUGCAUCAUCCCUUUCUAUAUAAAGGUGUUUCCUGGUAUUUGUAGCUGUGAGCAGGAAAAACCUCAAGUACCUUCCAUGUGCCUAUUAAUGACUCGAAUAGCAUCCCAGCAUGGCACAGCCACAUUUGUUGGCAUCUUGAAAGGAACUUUCUUACUCCACCAUGACCCAGGGAUAUCAUGGCUGAGACCCUGGCAAUGCUCAUGCCUCAAGAACGUACAUCUGCCUGCUGUUCCCAUAACCACAUCUUGACAGUGCCCCCAAGCUCCAUAGUUCCUUGGAUGUGUGAGCUCCUCCAGUUUUUGAGCUGUGCAGAGAUGUACUUUCAUUCUCCAAAAGUUCCCAGCAUCUUGGCCAACAAUGUCAUCGGUUAAAGCACAUUGGCUGCAAUACCAUUUCUACACUUAACUAGCCUAUUAUUGCCCAGGCAGAUUCAUCAAGCAAGGUAUUUUAAUCUGUUGGGUUAUGUGGAUUGAGAGCAUCCUUCCACAGUUUAUCUUUUUAGAUACUUGCUACAGCAAAAUAUGCCUCCACCCCAGUUUCCAUUAUGGGCAUGUAAGCCUGGGUCCCAGACAGCUGCCAUGACUGAUGUGGUUUCUGCCUCCUGUGGCAGAAGUCUCUCGGGCUUUGUCCUUCACACGUUCAAAUCAUAUGAUUGGUCAUCUGGCCCUUGUUAGUGCUGACAGGGCGUGCAACUCUUUCUCCUUUUCUGGGUUUGUGUUUUGACUAGAUUUCUUGAGCUCACUGGGCUGUAGCCGCUCUUGCUAUUACUCUUGGUUCGAUUGGUUGCAGAGGUGUGUGUUUGGUUUGGAUUGGAGUGAACUGAAUAGCAGCCCUGCAAAUAAAAAUCUAUUAAAAGCAUCUGAAA